AUGAACACGUUCUUACCGGUCAGCCCUACGUUCGAGAAGAACCACCAUCCUCCUUUGGAUCAUCGAACGGGGCGUUCUCUUCUUCAACCAAAUUCGGUUUCCGAUUUCCCCCCCGGAGUUCGAGAACAACAGUUACACCAUCAACACCAACGCGGAGGGUUCUUCUUCGGUCACUCGUCGCCUCACAGAGUUCGCGUGCUCAUAAAUGGAAAACAUAAGUUCGUCGCGAGCACGGACGGCUGCGUUUCCGUCGCGGACUUUGUCUCGAAAAAGCUCAAGGACAUCGAAGUCUUGAGAGGCAAAGAGGUCAAGGUAACUCUAGGGGAUGACUUCGAGCUGAUCGGGUCGUCGCCGAUUUCGAUUUUAGGGCAAGACGAGUGCGUUCGCGUGAAAACGAUCGACAGAAAAGGUAAAGAAGAAGAAAGGUUUUAUUCCGACGCGAGCGGGGAGAGCGAAGAAGAAGAAGAAGAAGAAGAAGAAGAAGAAGAAGAAGAGACUUUUGCAUCCGAGGAAGAGGAGGAUUGGAUGAAGCCGCGAAGAAGAAGCGACAAGAAGAAUGGCGUUGGCGUUUCGAGGAGAAAGAAGAUGUGCGGUCGCGUGUGUGUUAAUGGAAAGAUAUGCAAGCGGAUAGCGGGCGAGUGUCCGUGGCAUUCUAAAGGUAAAGUUCGCAAGGAGAGAGUAUCUAAAGACCGGGAUGAAGAAGACAAUAUUAUUUGUGCGAUUUGCGAUAAGGGAACGUAUCCGGCGAAGCUCGUUUUGUGCGACUCGUGCGACCAAGGAUAUCACACGUUUUGCUACGGUUUAGAAAAAGUUCCAAAAGGCGAAUGGGUAUGCGCGAGCUGCGCGAUUAAAAGAAAGAAAGUACCGCCGAGAUCGCCAGCCGUGCAGGCGAAGAAUCCGCGAAACGAACACAACGAAAAGAAGAAGAAGAAGAAGAAGGUGAGUUCGUACGCAAACUUACUCACGUACCGGACGGAAACUACGCACUCACCGACCACUUCAAAAUCCGGCGUCGCGAAGAAGAAAACAAAAGUAGAUUCCACCGUUUCCAUCGAGAAAAUGUGCGACGAAGCUUUGCAGAAAACCCGCGAAUACAUCGAAUCUCUCGGCGGAACCUUGUCUGGCGAGUGGAAGUGUUCGUGUACCAUGUAUCGAUACCAAUCGCACUUUCUCUAUUUCAGCCCAAACGGUGCGACGUUUCGCAGCCGCAAAGCUGUCGCCAGAUUCCUCGGAUUUGACGUGGUAUGA